CGUACAGCGACCGUCUUGCGGUUAAUUCUUUCUCGACUUAUGCGAUUAAGUUGACCGGACGAUCGUUGCAAGGGAGGAGGAGGAGAGGGAUGCCGUCAUCGCGAGGCGGACGGAGAGGAUGGCGUACUCGAGGGAGCUCCUGCUCGCCGUCGGCAGCUUGGAGGCAUGCAAGCUGCUGCCCGCCGACGCCGACUUGGCCAAGCACCCCGAUGACGCCGCACUGUGGGUUCCUUCCCAAACUCUGGCUGGAGGUGCUCCUGGAGGCCUAGGGGAUCCGGAAUUGCCUCGGCGAAACCGAGCAGAGCCGGAGGAGUUUCAAGCAGGCGCAGGAAGCAAAUCCAAGCCAUGCGUCAGGUUCUUCAGCACCGCAGGUUGCCGCUUUGGUUCCAACUGCCACUUCAUCCACGACAUCCCGGCCGGCUCCCAUGCCGUCGCAGAAACGAGCAUCCCGAGUGGUCCAGCUCCGGCUCCAGCACAAGACGAGGAGGAGCUUGUCAGGCUCAAUCCAACGCCGCCACCCCUGGUCAUGGACAAACCAAGGCCCACCGGCGACCAUGCACUCAGAGCACCGACGCCGCCCAACGCAGCUCCGGCGAUGUCCAAGAUCACCGUGGACGCGUCCCUCGCGGGCGCUGUCAUCGGGCGGGGCGGAGCGACCAUCAGGGAGAUAUCCCGGGCCAGCGGCGCCAGGCUGCGCAUCCGCGACCACGAGCGGGACGCCGGCUUGAAGAACGUGGAGCUGGAGGGCACGCCCGAUCAGAUCAGGCACGCCAGCGCUAUGGUCUGGGAGCAUCUCCCGGUGCUCGGCGGAGGGCGAUAUAACGGCGUCAAGACCAGGCUGUGCGCGCACUUUGCCAGAGGAUCCUGCACGUAUGGCGACGGCUGCCGCUUUGCCCACAGCGAGAGCGAGCUACGCAGGCCGGCUCCUGCUCCUCGAGAUCCGUGUGGUUGGUAGCGGUCCAUCGACCGCUGGAUGAGACCAGUGUAACUCUAAACUUUUUUUUUUUAGAAAAGGAAGUGUAACUCUAAACUUGGGAUUAUGCCGUCGAUUUUAUGGAUUUUGUACUGCA